AUGGCGAAAUUUCUCAAGAAAAAUAUCUUUACCCGAUAUGGAACGCCCCGUGCCUUAAUCAGCGAUGAAGGCUCACAUUUCAUCAACUGCAUCAUCACCAACCUGUUGACCAAGUUUAAUGUCAGCCAUAGAGUUGCAACCGCCUAUCACCCACAAACAAAUGGGCAGGCAGAAAUUUCUAACAGAGAGAUAAAAACUAUCUUGGAAAAGGUAGCCAGUAUCUUCAGGAAGGAUUGGUCACCCAAGCUUGAUAAAGCACUGUGGGCAUAUAGAACUGCCUUUAAAACUCCAAUUGGCAUGUCCCCAUAUGCUCUGGUCUUCAGAAAAUCUUGUCAUUUGCCUGUCGAGUUGAAACACAGGGCCAUGUGGGCAAGCAAAAAGCUUAACUUUGAUUUGGCAAACGUUGGGAAAGUCCGGAAGUUGCAGUUGAAUGAGCUAGUCGAGUGGCGAUGA